AAAAGUUUUGCAGGGAAACAGGAGGUCUCCCCCCUCCAAGCUGAGCCAGCACGUCUGGAACGUAUGGGGGACCCCUUAUAUAGAUCCUAUUCUUGCUCUUGUCUAGCAAUGUCACUCCUUGCUCGUCCUGAGACUUCCCAGCACAUUCCUUCAUCUCUCUGAGAUCUGCCCGGGGCUGACAAUGGCUCUCAAUGUCCCUGGCUUAAUAGCCGUCAUCGUCUUUUACGCAAUGACUUUGGUCACCGGUCUCUGGGCUGCCUGGAAAGCCAAAAAGAGCGAGAAGAACAAAAAACAAACAGAGGUGGCUAUCGUGGGGGGUCGGAACUUGAAUAUAUUUGUUGGACUCUUCACCACAACUGCAACAUGGGUCGGAGGUGCCUACAUCAACGGGACGGCAGAAAUUGUGUAUCUUCCCUCGCGAGGGCUGGCGUGGGUCCAUGCUCCCUUGGGGUUUGCCGCAACCUUUAUUAUCGGAGCUCUUUUCUUUGUCAAGCCGAUGAGGUCCAAAAACUACGUGACCAUGAUGGAUCCGCUCCAGGAGACAUUUGGAAACACCAUGGGGAGCAUCCUUUUCCUACCACCACUGCUGGGUGACGUCUUCUGGUUUGCCUCCAUUCUCGCUUCCUUGGGAGCCACGGUGAGUGUGAUCCUGGAUGUGAAAGGAUACGUGUCCAUUAUUAUAUCAGCUUGCACGGUGAUAAUAUACACAUUGCUCGGGGGUUUGUAUUCAGUCGCCUACACGGACGUAAUUCAACUUCUCUUUAUGAUAAUCAGUCUGUGGAUUUGUGUACCAUUUGCUCUUCUAAACUCAGCAUCUGAAAACAUUGCUUACACAGCAGUGAAUGCAUUGUACCAAGCUCCAUGGAUUGGUAAAAUACAGCCAGGAUACAUUGCAAGAUGGCUGGAUGAUUUAGCAUACCUGAGCCUGGGAGGCAUUGCAUGGCAGACAUAUUUUCAGAGAGUCCUUGCCGCUUCCUCUUCCAAGCAAGCCAUGGUCACAUCCUACCUAUCAGGGUUGCUGUGUGCUGUGAUGGGUGUCCCCUCUAUUCUGAUUGGUGCCGUUGCUGUCUCUACAGACUGGAACCAGACUAGCUAUGGCUUGCCAACACCCUAUGAGAGAAGAGAGUCGAACAUGAUAUUACCCCUGGUCCUGCAGUAUCUUUGUCCUACCUAUGUGUCUGUUGCUGGGUUAGGAGCCAUAGCAGCAGCUGUUAUGUCCUCUGCUGAUUCAUCACUUUUGUCGGCCAGCUCCAUGUUUGCCUACAACAUAUACAAAAGGUUGCUAAGGAAGAAGGCGUCUGAGAGAGAAGUCCUCUGGGUAAUGCGUCUCUCCAUGGUCCUGCUUGGAUCGGUUGGGACGGGCCUCGCGUUUCUGUCCAACUCUGUGUAUGACAUGUGGUUUCUCAGCGGAGAGCUGGUGUACGCUAUCUUGUUCCCACAGCUUUGUUGUGCCCUUUUCAUCCCUGGCACCAACACGUAUGGUUCAGCGGCUGGCUUCAUACUCGGCUUUGUUCUGAGACUUCUAGGAGGAGAAAGCGCCUUGAAGAUCCCUCCUUUUCUCCAUUACCCAGGAUGCAUUCUUGUAGAUGGUGUCUUCAUACAGCAGUUUCCAUUCAAAACAUUCACCAUGACUGUGAGCUUGAUCACCAUUGUUGCCAUAUCUUAUUUGGCCCAGUUUUUGUUUAUGAAAAAUAUAUUGCCCGCUCAGUGGGAUAUUUGCUAUGUCUUUCGGAAAGAGACACCUCCUCUGUCUCAACAGGAGCUGGAGGAAGAGCUUAGUUUACAAAAGACCUGAAUAAAGGGAAACCACUGCUAGCUGCCAUAUAUACGCCAUUAUUUUUCUUUUUUCAGAUUAUUUGCUUUUAUUUAUCCAACCUAAUAAAAACAUACAUAGGAAGAGAUAGACUCUAUGGUCACGUAUAAUACAAACUGCUCCUCAACAGGUAAAAUAUUACCUUAAGGGCACCGAUAUAUAGAAAUAUAUAUGUACAGUAUAGAGGCCUUUUGUGUUUUCUCUUAAAUAAUCUUUUUCAAUAUACAAAUAUGUGUCAACGUGUCAUUAAAUCAAAGUUGACAGUGAGAGAAAGAAGUGAGAGAAAGAAACAUAAAAAACUAUAUAUAAAGAAUAUGAAGUGGAACCAAAGGAAGAAAAAUGGAAGGAACUGUAAGGAAGAGUAACAGACCAGGGUGUUCCAGAAUCCUUAGAAAACAGGCUUCUUUUCAUUCACUUUCUCUCUUCUCCUGUUCUCCUCUUAUUUCCUACUACAGGUAUGGGAUCUGUUAUCCAGAAACCCAUUAUCCAAAAAGCUCUGAAUUACUGGAAGUCCAUCUCCCAUAGAGUCAAUUCUAAUCAAAUUAAACAUUUUUAAAUCAUUUCCUUUUUCUCUGCUAUAAAAAACAGUACUUUCUACUUGAUCCCAACUGAAGGUGGCCAUACACACUAAGAUCUGCUUGCUUGGCGAGGUGGCCAAGCGAGUGGAUCUUCUCCCAGUAUUGGGCUAAUUCGGUUGUUUGGCCCUGGGGCCAAACGAUCAAAUUAUAAGGAAGGGUAUAGGCUUCCAUCGAUCCAACUAAUUUUCAAACCUGCCUAAUUGAGAUCUGGCUGAUUUCAGGCCAAAUAUUGGUCGGGCAGGCCCGUCGUAAGUGCCCAUACACGGGCAGAUAAGCUGCCCAAUCGGUCUAAGGGACCCAUAUUGGCAGCUAGAAUCGGCCCAUGUAUGGCCACCUUAAGAUAUAGUUUAAUCCCUGUUGGAGGCAAAAUAAAAAUAUUCCAUCUAAAACAAGUUGAAAAAGUUGGCGUUUUUGUGACUUCAAAAAUAAAAGUGAGAAAAAUUUGAGUUCUAGUAAAUAUGUCUCCAUGUAUGGUGAUCCAAAUUAUGGAAAGACCCCUUAUCCAGAAAACCCCAAGCCCGAGCUUUCUGGAUAACAUAAUACCUGUAUUAUGUCUAUUCCCUCUGUUUCUUCUCUUUGGUAUCAUACAGAAAUGCGGAAUGGACCUGAUAUACACAUAGAAAGCUGAAUGGUUGGGGGACCAGAAGGGCCCGCGGAUACUUAGGCCUAACACAUAUUUUCUUGGUUUGCUGAUGGGAUGGUCCAACACUGGAAAGGAGGAGAGACAGAGAAGAAAUGUAGAAAAGCAGAAAGGCAUAAGGGGAAAUCAAAUAAAGAGAAAGCAAAUGGGAACUAUAGGAGAGAGUGAUGGAUAAAUAAAAGGAAAGAGAUAUCACAAGAGAUAAGGAGACAAGUAGGAAAACAUUAGAAACAGCAGAAGGAAGUGAUUCCAUAAUAAGAUGUAUCUAUACAUGAAUGUAAAUAAAUGUUUAAUUAUGGAAUUUGCAUCUUUAACUAAGAAAGUAUAACCUACUGUAAUAUUUAUGCAUCAUGGACAUAAGGUUAUAUAUAUAUGACUGUGUAUAAAGAAUUAUUAAGAAUAAAGCUAAAUUGACAUAUUUGA